AUGGCAACAGCGAAUGAAGAACUAGUUGAGCUUGUCACAAAACAGGCCAUGGAUUUAUUGGCCGAAAUUCGAAAAGAUGUCGAAGAAACAAAGGCGCUAACUGAGGAAGAUCGCAAGAAUUGUAUGGCAAUUUGUCACCGGGUUGAAACUGAACAUACACGAUUAAAGAUUGAAUUCCUCAACGAAUCAUUGAUUUUGAUUGAUCAAGCAUUGGAAACUUCGGAUCAACAAAAACUUAUACAAAUCCACGAAGCAUGGUCGCUGGUAUUAAAGAAUGUGACACACCAAUGUAAAACUCUUGUCGGUCCAUUGAUGGAAGUAUUACGAGUAUUAUCACGACAAGAUAAGAAUCUUGGACGAAAAUACGCGGGUCUCCUUGCCGGUGCUGUUGUAAGUUCGAUAUUGUGUGGAGCAGCCGUUGUAGUGUUAAUUGCACAUGCUCACCCUGGUUGUUGUUUGCAAUUGGCAACGGAGGCUGUACUUGCAGUUAGUGUUGGGGCACUGAUAGCCAUAGCAAUUGCCCUUGGCUGUAUUGCAGGAUGCAUAUCAAUAGCACGCCUACGUAUAGUUUAUCGAAAGUGUUCAGAUUCUGUUCGAUUGAUUUUGGUUAAGUGGUUUCCACAUUGUUUUGAUGGUUCAUCUAAAGAUCCAUCUGAUUCAGAGUUGGCAAACGUGAUAGAACAAUCGAUUAAUACUCUGAAUAUAAAGCAAGAUAUAUGGCGUAAUCGUACGGCGCUUGAAAUGCUGAAAAGAUGGGCUAAAAACCAGCGUGAUCAUCAACCUAUUUCGAACAUGAACUCGGUUCCUAACAAGAAUCUCUGA